GCUUCAGGGAUUUUAUCUGCAUACUGUGUCCGGUUCUACCGGGGGAUGCUAACGGAAUAACGACCACAGUCAUGAGUUCAUCAACAUACGAAAAAUAAACAUUGCAACGGUGUCAUUCCGUUCAUAAAAGUAAUAUUUGAUGAAAUACCGUGUGGAAUAAGCAGCUAUAUUUUACAUUUUGGGAGAUUUGACUACUGCACCUACACAGCAGACGACCACCAUGGCAGACAGUUUUAUGGGCAAGGCGGCUACCAUGGAGAUUCCUAUCAACAGCAAUGGAGAGACCCUGGCCGAGGAUGACAGUUUAGAGCAGGCUGCAAAGAUUCAGUGGACCUUAGAUGAGAAGGACCUGCAGCAGGUGAUGGUGUCUGGUCCCAACCUGAAUGAGACCAGCAUCGUGUCUGGAGGCUACGGAGGACCUGCAGGGGGCAUCAUACCCACCUCCUCCAUCAAAGGCCCCGCUAUCCACUUCAACCCUCAGUAUGUGGACAGGAGACGUCCCCCUGCCCCUAACUGUGCCCUUGUCCCUGGAGCCGAACCUCAGCCCACAGACCUGCGAAUGAAGUCCAGGGCACAGGGUGUAGGUCUGGUCCCCAGCCAGUCAGCAGCCAGCAGGAUAGCCAACCAGAACCAGACCGACCAGCCAUUCACAGGGUCGGGGAUGCACCACAGUAACAGCAACCAGAACAUGUCAGUGGAGGAGGCUAACCGUGGUGUGGCUGUGGAGAAACUAGACAGCGUUAAGAAGUGGGGCAUCAACACCUACAAGUGUACCAAGCAGAUGUUCUCUGAGCGGUUCGGCCGUGGUUCUCGGACGGUGGACCUGGAGCUGGAGGCCCAGAUAGACGUGCUCAGGGACACCAAGAGGAAGUACGAGUCUGUCCUGAGACUGACCAGCGCCCUGACCAGCCACUUCUACAACCUGGUCCAGACCCAGCAGGCCCUGGGGGACACCUUCGCGGACCUCAGCCAGAAAUCACCUGAACUACGGGAUGAGUUUGGCUACAACGCGGAGACCCAGAAGUUGUUGUGUAGGAAUGGGGAGGCUCUUCUUGGAGCCAUCAACUUUUUUGUGUCCAGCAUCAAUACACUGGUCAACAAGACAAUGGAGGACACACUGAUGACCAUCAAACUGUACGAGGCUGCAAGGCUGGAGUUUGAUGCGUACAGGGCCGACCUGGAGGAGUUGAGUCUGGGUCCUCGUGAUGCUGCCACCAUGGUGCGUAUAGAGGUGUCCCAGCAGCAGUACCAGGUGCAGAGAGACAAGUACGAACGGCUGCGCUCAGACGUCACCAUCAAACUCAAGUUCCUGGAAGAGAACAAGGUGAAGGUGAUGCACAAGCAGCUGCUUCUCUUCCAUAAUGCUAUCUCAGCCUACUUCGCUGGGAACCAGCAGCAGUUGGAACAGACACUGAGACAGUUCAACGUCAAGUUAAAGCCCCCAGGGUCAGACAAGCCCUCCUGGCUGGAGGAGAGCUAGAGUGAUCAGCUCCCAGUCUCCUGGGCUUGUAUGUAUCAAGCAUCUCAGAGUACUAGUACUGAUCUAGGUUCAGUUUAGCCUUUUAGAAAAUUAUGAAUCAGAUUAUAUGGAUAGGCAGGACUUGAUCCUAGAUCAGCACUCCUACUCUGAGAUGCUUGAUACAUUUGGCCCCAGGUCUCAGUCAGGUCUCUGGUAUAUUAGGGACACAGAUGGAGAGACACACUGGGGUUGGAAGAAACAAGAGGAAUGGAUGGAUGAGUAGACGGAUGAACAGAUAUAUGAAACCAACUCCAACUGUAUAUACAAACCAGAGAUGGGACAAGUAGAGACUAGUGAUGAUCAUACUAAGCGGAAAAGAACACAGUUCUUACAUUUAGUUUUUCCAAUACAUUGCUCAUUCGUUUAUAGAAUGUCUAUUUUAUGUUGAUUUGUUGUGUUAAUAAUUAUUCUCAACAGAGCGUCAUUAUGUUGUUGCUAUGUAGCGUAACUUUUAAUUUAUCAUACUUUAAGAAGUUAUUCUAAGAUUAUAGUUUACACAUAAAUGUAAUCAUUAUUUUCAAAUUGUUUUAGCUCUUUUGUAUAGCGUUAUGUAAAGCAUUCCAGACGUCAUAAUUUGAAAGGUCAGUAAACUGUUUACAUAUGUAGAGGAUAUUAAGAAUAGGCUAUGUAUCUGGACCAGUUACAUUGUUUGUACCUGGUGACGAUUAGAGGUAUAUUUAUUAAUGAGCAAAGGGAGAAAGAAGCCUAUAGUCUGUGGUAUACUAUUGAUGACAGAAGUUAUGGGAUAAAGGGGCAAUCUUGGAUUUGUAAAAACAAAAAGCAGUCAACAAUCAAUGGCUAUAUGUUAUGAAUUUGUACCAAUCCCAGAUUGCCCCUUUGUCUACCAAUAAUUUUGAGGACAGGAAAUACAACUUUUGCAUUUACAAUAAUCUCCCUCUGAUUAAUCCUGCAUAUCAUUUAAUUACACAUGUAUUGUCUUUAACAUAUCCAAUAUCUCAAUAAUCAAAUAGAGUUAACAUUUGUUCAGAAAAAUACCUAGACUUGGGCCUCCCGAGUGGCACUGCAUCACAGUGCUUGAGGUGUCACUACAGACCCAGGUUCGUUCCCAGGCUGUGUCACAACCGGCCGUGACCAGGAGACCCAUAGGGCGGCG